AUGGAAGAAUCAGUCCACGCAGGGAGCUUCGUGACAGCUGCCCUUUGCUUCUCCCUCCUGAAUUUGGCUUAUGCAUUGGUGGACACUGAUGAUGUUCUAACCAAAGAAGAACAGAUUUACUUGCUCAAUCAAGCUAAAGCAAAAUGUCACAAAGAGAUAAUUGCCCAGCAAGAGAGAAUUCAAGACGGUCACUGUUUGCCUGAGUGGGAUGGGAUUAUUUGCUGGCCUGAAAGCUUCCCGAACAAAAGAGUGGCAGUCCUCUGUCCCGACUACGUCUAUGACUUCAACCACAAUGGUCAUGCCUACAGACACUGCAAUGUCUAUGGGAAUUGGCAGUUGGUGCCCGACAUGAACAAGACUUGGGCCAAUUACACAGAAUGUGCCGUAUUCUUUGCCGCGGAGCAACAUCGCCAGGAAAGGGAAGUGUUUGAUCGCCUGCACAUCAUCUACACAGUUGGCUACUCCGUUUCCCUUACCUCCCUGGUGGUUGCCAUGUGCAUCCUCUGCUACUUCAAGCGGCUUCACUGCACACGGAAUUACAUCCACCUUCACCUCUUUGCUUCUUUCAUCUGCCGAGCCGUGAGCAUUUUUAUAAAGGAUGUGGUGCUGUACUCGGCUGCACGGUCUGAGGGGCUGCAGAAAGCAAAGGAGGACAACUGGUCUGCUGAAGAGCUGAGUCUCUCCUUGGGAUCCAGGACCCAGCUGGCCGGCUGCAAGGUUGCUGUGACUGUCUUCCUGUAUUUCCUGGCUACCAACCACUACUGGAUCUUGGUUGAAGGCCUCUAUCUCCACAGCUUGAUCUUCAUGGCUUUCCUCUCAAACAAAAGCUACUUGUGGGUUCUUACCCUCAUUGGGUGGGGGGUACCUGCUGUCUUUGUGUCUGUUUGGGCCAGUGUAAGAGCAUCUCUGGCUGACACACAGUGCUGGGACCUCAGUGCUGGAAACAUGAAAUGGAUCUACCAAGUCCCUAUCUUAGCAACGAUUGUGGUGAACUUUUUUCUAUUCCUCAACAUUGUGAGGGUCCUUGCAUCCAAACUAUGGGAGACAAAUGCAGGGAAACUAGAUCACCGGCAACAGUAUAGGAAGCUGCUGAAAUCCACUUUAGUCCUGAUGCCCCUCUUUGGUGUCCAUUAUGUUGUAUUCAUGGCCAUGCCUUACACAGCCAUUUCGAGCAUCCUCUGGCAAAUACAGAUGCACUAUGAGAUGCUCUUCAACUCUUUACAAGGUUUCUUCGUGGCUUUUAUUUACUGCUUUUGCAAUGGUGAGGUACAGGCAGAAAUUAAAAAGGCUCAUUUCCGAAGAAGCCUGGCACUGGAUAUAAAGCAGAAGCGCCGUGGCAUGAAUACAGGAGGGAGCUACUCCUAUGGUGGGCUUGUGUCCCAUGCCACCAACAGCAUCAGUCUAAGUGUGGCCACCUGGGGUGUGGCCUCUGCCGGAGCUGUAGCCAUGCCUCUGGGUGCCAGAAACUGGCUGCUGCAUCUUGCCCCCCUUGCCGCUGCACCAGAAUACAUUCCUGGUUCCUCUGUUGUGGACAGUUCUCCAAACCAAGACAUAGCACAGAAGGCUCUUGGGGAAAACAUCAAAGCUUUAGUGGGCUCCCCAAAGCUACAGGGAAAACACUCCAGAUUGAAAAAGGAGCUGGAGACUAUGCUAUGA